AUGUCGAGGAAGUCAGCCGACACGCAACGGUCGUGGCUACUACUUGGCACUCGUGAGGAACCCCCAAACUUGGAGCACAAAUGGUGUCGUGGUACGGCAUCGCCUCACGGGCAACCGAGAAGAGCGGCCGAGGUCGACCUUGAUUUAUCCCUCUCCUUUGCAGCAAAGCUUUCAGGCGACGUCUUGUUCAGAAGCUCGAGCGCCUGUUUGAUCCGGACGACGAGCUCGUCCGCCGUGCGCUCCUCGUCAAGCAUCUCCCCCUCGACGGCGAUCAAUCAGGAACCGCACGGCGUUGCAGGUGCGAAAAUGCGUGUUCUGCACCAUGUUCGUGGCCGGCAAGGAGCAACGUGCAUUGGAAACGGCACACCGGACCGCGCUCACCUCCCUUCUAUUCACCACCAAUUCGCCGGAACCAGCACCGGUCACACUCAUGCCCUUGCCAGGGCCAACUCGACGGAAGCGACGUCGCGGGCACGACGCGGUAGGGGCGCUGCCUCCUCCUCCUUGGCAUCGAUGCAUCGUCGGCGCCGGUCUCACCUACGGAGUGGCGGGCGUCUCGACGACAGUCUCGUGGCUACGUCGACCUAUCAGCAGAGGCGAGGAUGCUACGCCGUCCCCAACAACCGUCCUGCUUGUGCGUGUGCCUUCAUACCAUUGGAACUCCCCCGAGACCUGCUUCGUCGGGCAAACGCUGCCGUCGAAGAGGGUUGCGGUGAGGCGGCGCAUUGA